CACUCCGCAAGCAUAUUCGUUCGAUCGUCGUCGCGAGCAAAGCUUUCGUGGAAGAAAAAAAAUCAGUUCUUUUUCGGACAAACGGUCGCAGAUUCCGACGGAAUUUGGCCCGUUCGGUGUUCCUAAACUCAGUGAGGCGACCAAAAAUCAUCAGAAAAAGUGGGUGCGUGAACAUUCCGUGAUUUUUCCCGUUUUCGUGUUCGUGGGAGUGGAAAAUCAAUUUUUUGCCCAUCGUCCCUGCGCUUACUGCAAGAAGGUAGUAGCAGCAAGCGAAGAAAGGAAACGGGAGACUCCUGGUGCGUGAGGGUUCGGUUUUCGGUUUCGAUUCGUGUAGCUCCUCCGGUUGGGGACCACCUUUUGGCCGUUUUUUAGUCAGGUUCUGAAGGAAAAACGCAAGCUAAAAAGGGUGAGGAGAAUGAGAAGAAUAUGCUAAUUAGAGUGCUGGCUGGGCGAAGGGCGGCCACCUUUUCUGCGGCAGCAGUGGUGGCAGAAGCGCAGCAGUGAUUUUGCAAUCUUCCCGCAAUCCGUCGCAAAUCCAAAGAAGUGAGUGUGUGCAUUAGAGGAGGAAAAAAAAGUGAAGGAAAAUAGAAUGUCACUUGAGGGUGUUUGAAGCUGAAUAAAAUAUCAAGUGCAAGUGACGUGUUUUUCUAUUUUUUUAAUAUUUGCGGCGAGAUAGUGGAUUGUGGAAAAUAGUUCCCCCCGGAUCGAACAACGCACAUCGAAAGGACCCAGCUGAUCUUUCGCCUGCAGGAGUAUUUUCAUUAAAAAAAAAAGGCAGAGCCUACGCAGGACAGGAACGACGAGUUGAGUUUGGAGGAGGAGUAGCAGCAGGCCUUGGCGAGCAGUUGCCGUCGAAGAUCAUUGAAUGACUCAUGGAAUUUGGAGCUUAAAUUUCUUCGUAUGUCAGAGUACCCAAACCGUCAACAGCAGCAGGGGAAGUUUGUGUUGUCGCAGCAGAAUCAGUACCUCCUGAAUCAUCAUCAUAAUCAAAACCAUCAACAGCAUCGUCCGCUCAUCGUCAGCAAGCAAAACUCACCCAUCCGUCGUCCAUUGGCUUCCAACGCAAACUUCUGGCCCAAUAACAACAACAACAACAGCAACAGUACUAAUAAUAACAACAACAACAACAACAAUGUCCAUACAACCACGCCGACGGGAACGUUCUCAGCAGGGCCAACGGCAGCUCACUGCUUCUUCGACGGUGGUGGCAACGAGGGUGACGACAGUCUGCUGAACGACGAGAAUCUCAAAACCAACGUCCAGAUCGUGCUGGACAAUAUCAAUCGGAAUUAUCAUGCUCUGCGGGAGCAAAUAUUGAGCAAUCACCACAACAGUAAUAAUAUCAACAAUAACAACGGUAGCACCAAUCACCAGGCUACCAGUAAUACAGUAGCGCUACUGCAGAGACUGCAGAGCGUUAGUCAGCAUUUGAAAAGGACUGUUACCGUCGGUCAACAGCAACCGGGCGUAGGCAAGAUGGCAGCCACUAGUCCCGAUUCGGAUACCAACUGCAAUCCGUACCUGCCGCCGCUGAGCUGCUCGAUUGCCUCGUCGCAGGACUUCAGCCACGACUAUUCGGACUACCAGUGGUUCAUGGAUUAUGGAAGCUACCGCGAUGGCAUCACCCAUCAGAGCAUCCUGUCGGCACUGUCCGCUUCGUACAACGGCAUCGGCGAGCUGUCCUACUACGAGGAUCUGGCCAAGAACAUCGACGCCAACCUGGCCGAGGUGGACAUGGAGAGCUUCCGUACGGAGGACAUCCACUCGCUGCUGACGACGCUUCCGACGUUGUGCAACGAAAGUGCCGAACUGCGACGCAACCGGAACAACAAUCGAGGGGAUCUGAUCCUCGAUACGUGGACCGAUGCGACGGGAAUCGGUGGAGGUGGCGUCGGCGGCGGGAACACCACGGUGGCCGAUUUGGAGAACUCAAUCUGCAAGUCCAAGCUUCUGUUCUCGCCGGUCAAGGAAUCGCACAUCAGUGUCGAUUCGCUGGAUAUGGAUGGCUACCCGGAUGAGGACGAUAUUAUACUGACGUGCCAGGCGAAUAAGAACAACUAUACGAUCGCGUUCGAGCAGAGCGCACUGUACUCGGAUGAGAGUUUCUACGAUGGUCCGGAAAAUUAUGCAAAAUACAAACAUUUUAACAUACUUAACAACUUGGAUCACAUCAUCCGCAAGAAGGCUCAGGAAACGGCAAUGUCGGUUUCGGAAGUGGGUUAUACCACUUGGAGUAAGCUCAGGAUAAAUGGACCGGUCCAAAGAAUUCCUCUGGUCCAUGCAGAUCAGUUCAUCAAUCACAUCUCCCGGCAUGCACCGACCUGCUUCGUUCGGAAGAGUCUCAGCAUGCCGGAUCUGAAGGGAAAGUGCGAGGGAGCGACGGUGGUGGUGACGGCAGCGGCGGAUCAUGCCGAUGAAGUGGAUGCCGGCGCAGCACGAUCCAAGGAUCAUCAGCUGAAUGUGUCGCAAGCGGCCAACAGUGCCACUUCGGGCGAGUCGUUUGGUAAGCAAAUGCGCACGCUGCUACCGAUGUAUCCCGUGCCGACGGAUUCCGGCAGCGAGAAUUCUGCUCCCCUCAAGGAUUCCAACAUGGACAACAAUAACGAGCAGGCUCAGCAUCAACCGUCGUUCAAUCUAGUGAAAUUGUUCAUCAAACAGAAGAGCAGUUCCACGGAUACAUGUAUGGAUGUUUCGUCCGGUUGCUGGCCAAGUGAUUCCACCAACAGUGCUUCCGGUGGGGAGAAUAACAAUAGUAGUAACACCAAUCUGGCCGUAGCCAGUUCAAAGGAUCGCUGUCGGAAGAAGAGCAUGAAUGAUUCGGGAAAAUGCUCGAACCUAGGCCGGCAUGAUGAGGAGGAGUUUCAGUUCGAUAGUCUGGAUGCACAAAUCAACAACAAUAACAAUGAGAAUGGAACACCGGCGAUGGCUACCAAUGCGGACGAAAGGCUGGACCGCAGCAGAAUGAAUGACUUCAACUCGCCGGUCCACAAGCGGAAUUACAAGGCAUAUAAUCUGAACAUCGCCAACAAGAACAUGCCGGCCGUCAAUCCGGUGGUGUACAAUUUAAUGAACAACAAUAACAAUAGCAGCGGAACCAGUGCCAGCGGCGGAAGCAAUCUGAGCAGCAGCAGUAUUAACAAUAAUAAUAAUAACACCAACAAUAAUAAUAGCUUUAAGGAUACCAACUCGGAUGCUAGUCGUACGUCGGAGAAUCUGACGCAAAUCCUCAACAACAGCAACAGUAGCAGCAGCAACAACAACAACAACAACGGCAGUGCCGGGGCCAAGAUGAAGGUACCGAUCGAGAUGAUCACCAAGUCGAUGCAGACGUCGUUUAUUGGAACUAAAGAGAAGGUCCGCGUAGUGCCACCUUCGUUCCUGGAGCGCCUGAACAAACUGGGUGACAAGCAGAAAGCCCCGGUCUUUGUCGUGUACCCAAACUACGUCCUGCCGGAUCUGGGCUUCCUAAAAUCUCAGAACGACGUGGUCAUAUCGCCCCUUUCGUUCAAGGACAACAUUGCCCAGCGGACGCAACUGCGUAAAUCCCGGCCCGUUUCGAUGAACGACAUCGAAAACAUCAAAGCCAAGGAAUACAAACAUGUGCUGGAUUGGAAGUCCUUAAUCACUCUGUUGCCACAGGAAUACCGGAAGUUGCUGCGCAACGUGCCGGAAGCGAAUGUGUGCAGUCAGGUGGAAGAGAGCACGCCGCAGAAGCCAAUGUUCUGCAUGACUCCACCGUUGAGGCGAGGUCGGGGAGUUACCUGCGACUGCGUGAACAUUCUGAACACGCAGACAUACAAUAGCUCCAGUUCUGGAGGUAGUUCUAGUCAGCCGCCCAGUUCCGGCUACCGUGGUUCGUCAACGAUGUUGACCGAUUCCGAGAUGGAUCUGUUGGGACCGAGCGGCAGCGGUGGGUUCAAUAAUAACCUGUACGUUUACCAGUAUGACAGCCCAGCGGAAGUGUCGUCCGCGGAAAGACCACCAUCGGGACGGGUCGCACCAAAGGGAAUUCUGAGGAGAACUUCAGUACAGCGGCCACCAGCCAAGGCCAAAAGAAACAGUAUGUUCGAAGAGAACCACAAAGUCAGUCAGAAUCUUGAGAAACGACGCUCCCUGCAGGAACCGUGCUACAACUUCUCCGAGGAGAACCUUAUCCUGGAGGACUCGAUCAACGAGCUCCCGGACAGCGAACUAAGGAAGGUAAACAACUCUCCAAACAUGUCCCAGCACCAAGCUCGUCUUCCCAACACCCUAAAGCUCUCGUCGGCCGACGAUUAUUAUCGGUUGAACAAACUGAAUGAAAUGAAUGAUCUCGAACUGAACAAGGCUGUCAGCAGUAAGCUGAACCGUGCUCACCAACAGCAGAGCAUCGAGGACGAUCUGGAAGCCCGUAUCCGCGCUGAGCAUUUCCUUUCUAACGUCCCGAAAUCAGAACUGAAACACUACGCCGAAAUUGCUCACGUACUGGAGACGACCACAACCGAUGGCGUCAUCAUUGCACAGUCGGAAGAAGUGUACGACCGUCAACGGUUACGGCACGAAGUCAGUCGAGCUCUGGCCCAGCGUAAGAACGUUUCCUUCAAUCAACCGCCAGUCGGAGCGAUCAAUACGACUCCUGUGCGGCAGCAGCAACCGCAGCUGCUCCGACCAACGGAAAUCAAGUUCUCUACUCCUCCCAACUCGCCAAACAUGUCCGUCACGAUGGCUCAGAAGCCACCGCAGAAGCCAACCCCUUCGGCGGUGCAGUCUCCGUCGAGUGCCGAACGGGAAAAGCACGAUAAGAUUCAAACAAAUCGCUUCAAGCGGCUACAGAUCCAGUGGGAACUGCUGAGCAAGGAGGGCCAACAGUUGAAGCAGGAGCUACAGCAAGCGCGCAGCGGUGACAAUACUCCAACCGGGGGAGCGAUGAAGUCCCGUAUUCCACGACCUGUCAGUUAUCCAACUACUCGGGCCAAUUCCGAUCCGAUGGUUAGCAAAACUUUGAAGUCGCCUAGCCGGAUUGUACCGCCCAAGCGGUACAAUGCCGGUUCGUUGGGUACGGUAGCAACGAUUGGUCAGCAGGCGACGACGUUGCCCACUCCGGCUCCACGGACACCGAACAAGCUGCUGCAUACGACUCCGAAGAAGGUCGCCACCGUCGGUACGCCCAGACCAGCAACACGCACACGGAUACCAGUAGUAGGUUCUGGUCAAAGUCAAGGUAAACCCACGUCGUCUAUAGCAGCGACGCCGACGGCGACGACGACGUCAAAGAAAGAACCAAUCAACCACGCUAGUCCCAAAAAGGCGACCAGCACCAUCACGCGGAAACCGGUCAGUAGUAGCGGUAGCGGUAGUGGUAGUGGUAGUAGCAAUAGUGGCAAACCAAGUAAGGGAGCCCUCAAAGUCUGAAGCUUGAAACUAAGUAAGUAGCACCCAAUUUACUUACUCCCGAUUUUUCCCCCGAAAGGUGAGUCCUCUUUGCGUGUGCAGCAGCAGCAGGAAGGGUCUGUGUACAGUAUAGGUUUAGGUUGAAGCAAAAAAGUGAAUAGAAAUAUGUUAAUAGGUUUAAGGAUGUAGUUGAACCCCCCCUCCUCCAUUUCUUAUAUCCUCUGUGGAAGCCGGGAGAAGAUGUGUGAAAAAGUGUAUACAAAGCAAAAGUAACUUUUUUGUAUAAAAUUAGUUGAAAAUAUCGAACAGAAGAUGCAAGGAAAUAAAUCGUACUGAAAGAGUAGGCGAGGCGAAACACUGAACAAAACAAACAACUGAAAUGUAAAUGUAUUUUCGGAUUGAUGUGUGUAUGUUUAAACAGAAAAAAAGAUGUGAAUAUUUUUGGGUUGAUAUUCUCGCUUACGUUUGCUAUUUAUCGCCCUUUUCGCUAGCAGUAGUUGCUUAAAUUAUACUUUUUUUUUAUAAACUAAAAUAAUCGCUGAUGGAAAAUAAUCAACCCGUUCCGUUGGAAAAUGGGGCGUGUAGAGCGUAUUACAACAUACUGAAUAAGGAAAAAACUGUGCAUAUACUCUUAUAUAUUGCAUAAACAAGCAUACAUAUUCUCUUAUAUAUAUAUAAAAAGCAUUGCUAGGGCAAAAAGUUGUUAAAACAGUAAAAACAAGCUUCAAAGUACCACCAAGGCAGACAUAAUAUGUAAAUUGGUGUAGGCAAAAAAGCGUAUUAUAUAUUAACAUCAAAUAACCUAGAGAGGCAGAGAAAGAGAGAGAAAGAGAGAGAGAGAGAGGAGGACAGAGAGUAUCCAACACACGCAAAAA